AGCUAUUCCAUGAUAACACAAGAGGCAACAACAUCGCAUGGAGGAAGCUUAAGGAGCCCAGGUGUCCAGUCUGCGACCUCCAAGCUCAAGAUUCUUUCCAAGAACAUAUACUUAGGAUACCCAACCUCCUGGAAGCUCCAGCCUUUAUCUCUUCACCCUGAACUCUCCUUUCUCAAGAAUACUGUUCUUUGCCUUCUAGGUCUUGGCCACAUCUGGAAUCCAAGCAUCUUGUUUUUCAGCUACAAAGACGCAGAUUAAGAUGCAGAAAAGAAACAUUCCCUUUAUGUAUUGGUUACUGUUGCAUCUCCUACUUUUAGGAUAUGGGCCACACCCAACUUCCAGUGUGGUCAUGGCCAACCCUAGAUCCAUGGCAAUCUCCACUGAGACUAGCACAGCCUUCAAUACUGCAUCCAGCACAGCCUCCAGCACUGGAUCCAACAUGACCCCCAGUGGGUCCAGCAUGACUUCCAACACUGCACCCAGCGUGACCCCCAGUGGUUCCAGUAUAACCUCCAACACUGGAUCCAGCUCGACCUCUGGAGGAUCUAGCACAGCCUUCAGCACUGGAUCCAGCAUGACUUCCAACGCUGCAUCCAGCGUGACCCCCAGUGGUUCCAGUAUAACCUCCAACACUGGAUCCAGCUCGACCUCUGGAGGAUCUAGCACAGCCUUCAGCACUGGAUCCAGCAUGACUUCCAACGCUGCAUCCAGCGUGACCCCCAGUGGUUCCAGUAUAACCUCCAACACUGGAUCCAGCUCGACCUCUGGAGGAUCUAGCACAGCCUUCAGCACUGGAUCCAGCAUGACUUCCAACGCUGCAUCCAGCGUGACCCCCAGUGGUUCCAGUAUAACCUCCAACACUGGAUCCAGCUCGACCUCUGGAGGAUCUAGCACAGCCUUCAGCACUGGAUCCAGCAUGACUUCCAAUGCUGCAUCCAGCGUGACCCCCAGUGGUUCCAGUAUAACCUCCAACACUGGAUCCAGCUCGACCUCUGGAGGAUCUAGCACAGCCUUCAGCACUGGAUCCAGCAUGACUUCCAACGCUGCAUCCAGUGUGACCCCCAGUGGUUCCAGUAUAACCUCCAACACUGGAUCCAGCUCGACCUCUGGAGGAUCUAGCACAGCCUUCAGCACUGGAUCCAGCAUGACUUCCAACGCUGCAUCCAGCGUGACCCCCAGUGGUUCCAGUAUAACCUCCAACACUGGAUCCAGCUCGACCUCUGGAGGAUCUAGCACAGCCUUCAGCACUGGAUCCAGCAUGACUUCCAACGCUGCAUCCAGCGUGACCCCCAGUGGUUCCAGUAUAACCUCCAACACUGGAUCCAGCUCGACCUCUGGAGGAUCUAGCACAGCCUUCAGCACUGGAUCCAGCAUGACUUCCAAUGCUGCAUCCAGCGUGACCCCCAGUGGUUCCAGCACAACUUCCAACAGUGGACCCAGCAUGAGCCCUGGAGGGACUAUUACACCUGUCAACACUGGAACCAGCACAAUCUCUGGUGAGACCAGCACACCUGCCAAUACUGGUUCUAGUAUGACCUCCAAAGAGGCCAGCACAGCCUCCAGUAUUGGGUACAGCCUGACCUCUGGCGGGUCCAGCACAGCCUUCAGCACUGGACCCAGCAGGACCCCCAGUGGUUCCAGCACAAUCUCCAACAGUGGACCCAGCAUGAGCCCUGGAGGGACUAUUACACCUGUCAACACUGGAACCAGCACAAUCUCUGAUGAGACCAGCACACCUGCCAAUACUGGUUCCAGUAUAACCUCCAAUGAGACAAGUACAACCUCCAGUACUGGAUCCAGUACAACCUCCAGUGGGACUAGCACAGCUGGAUCCACUGCAACCACAGGAUACUCUGGUAUACCCUUUUCAACUGGAACACACACAACUUCCAACAGAACCAGCACAAGUGCUAGUACUCCAGUGAGUGAAGUGAAGCCCAGUGGGUCCCUGAAGCCAUGGGAAAUCUUCCUCAUCACUCUGGUCUCGGUUGUAGUGGCUGUGGGCUUCUUUGUUGGGAUCUUCUUCUGUGUGAGAAAGUCUCUGUCCCUGAGAAAUGACUUUAACACCGUUGUCUACCACCCCCAUGGCCCCAACCUUGGCCUAGGCCCUGGAGGGAAUCACGGAGUCCAUCACAGGCCUGGGUGGAGCCCUAACUGGUUCUGGAGGGGACCAACAUCCUCAGUAGCCAUGGAGAUGAGAGGGGGCUACAACAGGCCCUGAAAGCCACAUUCCUCACAGAGGAAACCAUCCUGGGGGACCAGAGAUCUCAGUGUCCUGUCAUUCGUCCUCAGGGACCCCUCCCAGAUUUGUUUGGGUCUCUGCCAGUCCUGGGGAAGAUAUUUCCUCCCUCCCUCUUGCUUUUGCCAGAUCCUGGAAAGACAAGAAUGUUAGUCAUUUACCUAUGAAAUAAACACUAUACAAAACACUAAUGCAAACUA